UCUUCCACCAUGGCAGCCCCCGGAGGUCUGGGCCGCUGCGUGGCCGCCUUCUGGCUGGCGCUGGCCUUCGACGCGGUGGGUUUGGCGGUGCUGCUGGCCGGGGUGUUCGCCGACGUGUUCUUCGCCGACUUACUAAUCUACGCGGGCGGUAUCGGCAUCUUCCUCAGCCUCAUCUGGUGGGUGUUCUGGUACGCGGGCAACCUAGAGGUGUCGCCAGAGGAGCUGCGCGACGACGUGGGGCUGGCACCGCCCAAGGGCCGUGGGGAUAGCGUACUGCGGGGUUUGGUGCACGGCUUCAGCCUCCGCUUUUCUUCAGUUCUCGGCACCGCGUCUCGUUCCCGCCGCGCCGCCGACCUGGAGCUGCAGCGCCCCCGCGGCCCGCCGCGCCGCGCCGCCGACGGCAACAGGAUCUGCUGAAGACAAGCCUGUUGAAGUUAUUGCCUCUAAAAGAGGUGAAACUGCUACAAUUCAUGGAAGGAGAAAUCUGUAUUCCAUGCAGUAAGAUUCCUUCAUAUGGAAUAAUUUCUGCAAUCACAGUGGACUUUAUAUGAAGUGGAUGCAUAGACCUAUAUCUCUGCCAAAUGCACCUAUUUCAGUGUUGGACUGGAUCACAUGUGGUUGUUAUUUGUUUUUUUGUUUGUUUGUUUCAUCAUUUCAAAACUUAAAAUUGACUUUCCAAGAAGCGAGAACUAAAAAGGAAACCAACCCAAUACACAGAAAAAAUAACUGCAGCAUGUUAUACAUAAUUACCUUUCAUAAUGACCCAGGAAUGUUUGGAUAAAAAGCUCUUGCACAGUGAAAAGCUUUUGCACUGUUUUUCUAAGGUCUGGAAGUUAAACUCACUGUGAAUUUUAUAUGAUGUCAGUGCAAUACUUUUAUUUGUAAGGGUGCUUUUAAAAUACCUGUGUAAAACUACUGGUGCAGUUAUGAAUGCAGAAGUUGUUAAUAAUGUAAAUACAAGAUUUACAGUGACUCCUAUGAAGUUUCGUCAUUAUUUGGGAAUAGCUUGGAAUUUGAGGUUUUAUAAGUACACAAGAAAAAUAGUGAUGUUGGCAUUCCAAUUCUUUCUUCAUAGUUACAUGUAAUGUAAUAUGAUAAGAGGAGGCUUUUGAAUUCAGUUAUGAUACAAUAACUUUUUCUAACGCUGAAGCAUUAAAAAAACUGUAGACUAAAAAGCACUCUGAUGCUUUACAAAAUUCUACCAAAUUUAUAUGUAGAUGCAAUUGAAAUUAGAAGCCUGUAUAAAAGAUUAAUAUUAAAGUUAAUGAUACCUAAAACUCAUGUAUGUGAUAAAUUUUUGUGUUCCUCUGUUUCUGCACUAACACAAAGAGUUUGAGACCACCAUUGGCACUUAUGGUAGGCCUUGCACUUUUAAUGCAUGAUUGUUUUUAUGCUGUACCUUAUUGAAUACAAGAGGUGGAUUUAACAAGAGAGUUUACUCAGAAUACUGUGGCUGCAUUUCCUCGUGAGCCCAUUAAAUAUCUUUAAAUGCUCUCUUGAAAGUUACUGGACUAACUUCUACAUGCAUUCUAUUUCUUUAAAUAUUUUCCAAAUGCUCUCAGUCUUUUGUAAGACUGACACAUAGACACUAGAUGUGGGAAUCUAUAAUUUCUUUACUAAAUGCAGAUGUUAGGAGUUAGAGCUGUAUCCUCCUUUUAGAGAACUGCAGUGUGACACCACUAUUUUUAUUACAGUGGUCUGAUUAAAAAAACAAACAAAACCCUCCUCCCUAAAACCUACAUAUUAUGAUUUCAAUGUCUUUUCCAAGGCAAUUUUUCAUUUCUCUGUGCUGAAAAGUUAUUUUUCCUGACUUACCUGUAGCUUCAAUUGUUAAACUGAGUUUUGAGACGUAAAAUGUCUAGUGAGUAGAGUAGCAGUUAUAAAUUAACCCAAAAUUUGUGCAGCCUUUUGUGUACUAGCUCUGAUGACAGUUUUAUCUAAUGUAGUGUUGCAGUUAUAAAUAUCAAAGUAAACGGAGUAGGGCUUUAAAUUUACUGCACGUUAUGAUUGAUCUUCUAUCCAGUAUCAGAUACUUAGUGAUUGUGAUGGAUGGUUGUUAGAAUGUCAUUUGGCUGCAGAGGGUGUUGCUCUAAUUAUAUGAGAUUCAAAUGUUUACAAUUAUUAAUAGUAUGUACAAUUUAAUUUUAAAUAUAGGAGCUGGCACAUAAAAAAAAUAAAAAUUGUGUUCUUCAUA